AUGUACAAAGAUUUUACAUUGAUCAUCUUAGUUAUUAUUGGAAUAGCUUCUGCUUCUCGAUCAUUUAAUACUCCGACAAAAAAUCUUCAACCUCUAACUCGAACAAACGUGAACGUUGAUCUUUGCCCAACAUGUAUUGAAGAAGCUGUAGAGCUCAUUAACGUGUUACUUAAUUUGAUUCUUGAUGAAGGAAUUAUUCAAUCAUGUAAUAUUUUAUGUGGAGCUGUUGCCAAUAAAACGGGUUCAGUAAUUAUUGGUGAUAUUUGUGAUGUUGCAUGUGAAGCAAUUGGUCUUGACGAGUUUAUUAAAUUAAUUAUUAAAGCUGAUAUUGAUCCUAUUUGGUAUUGUGAAGUUGUUAAACUUUGUCCAGUUAAUGAUCAUGGUGAUGCUAAAUUUACAAAUUUUGGUAUUACACCUAAAAGUGCUCCUGAUGGUUCUAAAUUUGUAAUUGAUUGUUCUUUUGUUAGUGUUAAUGGUACGGGUACAGGUACGAUUAAUAUUGAAAUUGUUGAUCCUAAAAAUCGAACAACUGCUAAUCUUUACUGGUUCGAAGCAAGAAAACCUGGAACAUAUCCGGAAAAAAUUGGCCUUCAGACUUUAGUUGAACUUAAUUGUGAUCCUAUAACAGAUGUUUGUGAUGAUUGGCCAAUAGGUACUUAUAAUGUUACUGCACAAGUAUGCAAUGGAGUAUGUGGUUCAAUCCAUCCACAUACGUCUAUUUAUGAUAUGGCUAAAGGUUCAUUUGAACUUACAAAGAAAAAAAGCUUUUUUUUAAAGAAUUGA